UCCCUCCGCUCCCUCGGCUCCCUCGGCUCCGCUCCGCUCCUCCGGCGGCGGCGGGGCCGCGGCAUGAGGAGCCGGCGGGGCGGGCGGAGCGCGGCGGCGGCGGCGGGCGGCGGCGGCUCCUCUCCCGCCGGGGACGGGGCGCGGCAGCGGCUCGCCCCUCCGAUCCCACCCGUGCGGUGCUGUCGGCGCUGGCGGAAGAGUUUUUGGGAGGGAGAUGAUGACAGGCUGAUGAAACCAAUCAAACAAUGAAGUAAUCAUAAGUCCCCGGUGCUGGCGGCGAAGGCGGGAGGAGCUGAGGUCCUAAGGAAGCCAUCCUGCUCGGCAGCAAAAACCCCGGGAGGCCAGAAGCACUGAAAGGCAGCCAAGGUCCUGUCAUCGGGGCCGAUGGACAGUGACGGCCCCUGUGCAUGAGGGCAGGGAAAAUCCUGCUGGCAGCUCCGGGAGAGCCGAGCGGAGGGCACAGGGGACGGUGGCAGGAAGGAGGAGCGGUGGCUCCCCGGGGAGCCGGCGGAGGAGAGAGUCCCGGCGCUGCUUUGUUUGCUCUUCCCGAAUCGGUCUGUGAAACCUGAAUCCUGGGACCAGAGGCUGAGGGAGCUUGUCACAGGCUGCUGGCCAGGACAGGAGAUGGUUCCUGCAGCGGGGGACACCACGGAUGGGUGGGACAGGGCCUGACCCUGCCCUGCAUCUGGAACAUCUGCACUGGGAGAGCAGCUCCUGCCGCUGGGAGCCCGUGCCUGGCUGGGCGUUCAUUGGCUUUGCCGGAGAGAAUCCUGCCGCCAGGCCGGCUGCUCUGGUCUGGGCAAGGAGCUGCGCAACCAUGAGCGCGGGCUCGAUUGAGCAGGAGCCGUCGCGCAAGCUGGGCUGCUGCGGGGUGCCCCUCAUCACCGAGGACAUGCAGUCCCUGGCCAUCCGCACCCUCUCGGGCACCGACAUCACCAAGCACUACGACCUCAUCCGCGAGCUCGGCAAGGGCACCUACGGCAAGGUGGACCUGGUGUCCCACAAAAGCACAGGCACCAAGAUGGCCCUGAAGUUCGUCAACAAGAGCAAGACGAAGCUGAAGAACUUCCUGCGGGAGUUCAGCAUCACCAACACGCUCUCCUCCAGCCCCUUCAUCAUCAAGGUCUUCGACGUGGUCUUCGAGACCGAGGACUGCUACGUCUUCGCUCAGGAGUACGCCCCCGGCGGGGACCUCUUCGACAUCAUCCCGCCUCAGGUGGGGCUCCCCGAGGAGCUGGUGAAGCGCUGCGUGCAGCAGCUGGGCCUGGCCCUCGACUACAUGCACAGCAAGAGCCUGGUGCACCGGGACAUCAAACCGGAGAACGUGCUGCUCUUCGACCGCGACUGCCGCCGCGUCAAGCUGGCCGAUUUCGGCAUGACGCGCAAGGUGGGCUGCCGCGUCAAGCGCAUCAGCGGCACCAUCCCCUACACGGCGCCCGAGGUGUGCCAGGCCGGCCGGGCCGAGGGCUUCGCCGUGGACACCAGCAUCGACGUCUGGGCUUUCGGGGUGCUCAUCUUCUGCGUGCUCACCGGGAACUUCCCCUGGGAGGCGGCGGUGGCGUCCGACGCCUUCUUCGAGGAGUUUGUGCGGUGGCAGAAGGGGCGGCUGGCGGGGCUGCCCUCGCAGUGGCGGCGCUUCACGGACAGCGCCCUGCGCAUGUUCCAGCGCCUGCUGGCCCUCGACCCCGAGAAGCGCUGCCCCGUCAAGGAGGUUUUCUACUUCAUCAAGUGCGACCUCAUGGCCGAGGUGCGGUGCCGGCCCUCGUACCGCUCCCGCAAGCACGCCAGGGACAAGCUCCCGGCCGGGCCGCACUGCCACGAGGCCAGCGGCUCCUGCACGCCCGCCCCGCUCAAGAGGACCGUCCUGACGGAGGGCAGCGGAGCGCGGGGCCCCGAGCCCGGAGCAGCCGCCCCGGGCACGGCGAGCAGGACAGACGGACGGCAGGACAAGGGCAAGGGGCAGAUGGUCCUGGCCACAGCAAUAGAGAUCUGCGUGUGACCCGCCCCGUCCCCCCGCCCCGGGACAGGGAUGGGGGAGCGCGUCGUGGUGGUGGUGGCACGAGCCGGGACCGGGCUCCGGGUUUCCCAAAGGAAAAAAAAAACAAAGGAAAAGAAACACGAUGGAAGAGGAAAAGGACAGAACUGGUGGCGCUCCGUAGCGCCGAGGAUGCCGAUCUCCCCGCCCCGCCCGGGCGAGGCCGGUGGCCGCAGCCCGCCGAGGGCACCGCUCACUGCUGGGGAGGCCGGGGGCGCCCGCAGCCCUGCCGCGGCUGUGCUGCCCCCUGCACGGCUCCCCGGGGGCGUGGGGAGGGGUCUCCCAGUGCGGGAGGAAGAGCCGGGAGCAGCGGCAGCGAGGGGCGCACUGGCUCUGCCCCACGCCGGGCUCGACCCCGCCCGGGGAGCGGGAAGGCCGAUGACCCUGCACCGUGGAGGAGGCCUUUGGGAAGGUUUGGGUGGGUGGUGAUUUGCCCUCUUCCACUCGUCCCUGCCGCGCUGCUGGGGACUGGGAGAGGGUGGGGAGGUGGGUGACGGGGAGCCGGGGGGUCGCCAGCAGCCCCGGACCCCCGGCAGCCCCGGCUGCCUCCCUGCCGUGGGAGGUGCUGGCAGCCAUUGAUGUAGCAAGUGUCCCUGUCUGUGUGUCAUUGUGUGUCCCAGCCACUGCCACUGGCAGCCCCUGCCCCCUGCCCUGCCCCACACGGCUCGGGCGCUGCCGGAGGGAUGAGUGCCCCCUGGCCGGUGCCGGCCAUCAGCAGGUUGGAUGCUCGGGGCCGGGCUGGCUCUGCCGUGCCGGCGUCCCCGCGGCCCCUCUGCAGACCCUCUGUACCCAGGGGCCGGAGGAGGUGGCAGCGGUGCGCCCCAGGCUGGCCUGCACAGCCCGGCAGCAGGGGAGGGAGCUCCGAGUGCCUCCCGCGGGCCCGCCUGCUUCUCUGUGCUGUCCCCAUCGCCCCUCCUUGCUGUCACCCCUUCCCAAACCUGUCACCCUCCCCUGGGGCUGGCGGGGAAGCGGCAGCGGGAUAGACCCUGCCGGGGCUGGCUGCAGCGAGGCAGGGCGCGGUGGCAGCAGCCGUUGGUGGCCCCUUAGUGACAAGGUCCUGGGGUGUGCGUGGAGGUCACACCUUCCCUCCUGGAUUUGGACACCCGGCAGAGCGGGGAGCUCACCCCACCGCCGCGGUGGGGAAGCUGUAGGGGCACCCCAAGGCAAGAGCACCCUGGUGUGGUUCGGGCUUCCCUCCCAAGGGGUGGGUGCCGUGGGGCGGCCCCGGUGCCCCAAUUCCCCACAAAGGGCUAUAACGCUUUCCAGCAGCAGCAGCAGCAGUUUACAGAGCAGGGGCCGCCCCCGCCCCCGCCGUGCCCCGUCCCCGGCACCCCCCGGGCCCGGCGUUAGACGUAGCAUUGCCCCGCGUAGAGAGCUAGGCACCGGUUUUACUCCUCUUUGCCUUAGGUCCCUCGAUGUCCUCGAUCUUUCGUGCAAUAAUGUAGAUAAGGGAUCCCGGCCGCCCCGGCAGGGCUCGGUGGCACCUCUCCGGGAGGGCUCGGUGGCACUGCCCGGGUGUGUCCCAGGGGGUGCCCGGUGUGAUUUCUGUCCCCGUCGAGGUCGCUGUGUCCGUAGGUUGUCAGGUUUUUAUUUCCAGUUCCCUCAGCUGUCGGGUUUCGGACCUUCCCGUAGGAGAGGCUGUAGUGUCACAGACGUUACCUCAGUUUGUCACUGUUGAAAAGGAUUUAAAAAAACCACAACUGAAACCAUAAAAAAUGACAAAAUACAUAGUUAUAAAAGCAACAAAAAAUUUC